AUGUCGUGCAGCGACGUGACUGACAUCCCAUCCCCGGCCGAACAGAAAGACCGUGCCUCGACCGGCCGCCCCUUACCGGCCAACGAAAGCUCCUACCAACCCCAGCUUUCAGAAACCUUCUCCGCUGCCACUGCGAGCGACCAGGAGAUUCCGCGGCAUUCUCUCAAGCCCGGGAUCUACGUCCCCACCCUGGCCUUUUUCAACAAGGAGUCGGAAGCCCUGGACGUCGACACCAUCGCCAAACAUGCCGUGCGCAUGGCCGAGGCCGGUGUCGCUGGGAUCCUUACGCAGGGCACCAACGGCGAGGCGGCCCAUCUGUCCCGGACGGAACGCAAGGUCGUCACCAAGACGACGCGCGAUGCGCUGAACGACGCAGGAUACACGGAUCUCCCCAUCGUCGUCGGGUGCGGCGCGCAGUCGACGCGCGAGAGCAUCGAGAUCUGCUACGAGGCGCAGUCCUCGGGCGGCGACUUCGCCAUCAUCCUUCCUCCGUCGUACUACAAGGAGCAGUACCGGCGCGAGGAGCUCCGACAGUUCUUCACCGACAUCGCGGACGCGUCGCCCAUCCCGAUCCUGCUCUACAACUACCCGGCGGUGGCAGCGGGGAUCGACCUGGACUCGGACAUGAUCGUCGACCUGGCGCAGCAUCCCAACAUCGUCGGGUGCAAGCUGACCUGCGGGAAUACGGGGAAGCUCAACCGCAUCGCGGCCGGCACGAGGGCGGCGACUCCACACGACCCUGCCUCGGGGUUUCUGUGUCUAGGCGGCAGCGCGGACUUCACGCUGCAGGCCCUGAUCGGGGGGCGGGUCCGGAGCCAUCUGCGGCCUGGCCAACGUCACGCCCAAGGCCUGCGUCCGACUGUACGACCUCUACCGGACCGGGGAGAUGGAGGAGGCGAGGAGGCUGCAGGCGGCUGUCGCUCGGGGCGACUGGAUCGUGAUCCAGAGCGGCAUCAUGGGGACCAAGAGUCUGCUGCAGCAUUUCCUUGGUUACGGCGGAUUCGCGCGCAAGCCGCUGCCACGGCCGACGCUGCAGGAGACGGUGUCGAAUAA